GGGCAGUUUUCAACCAGCGAUUGAGUUGUGAGACUCUGCUGUAAAGCUCAUCACUCCCCCUAACUGGGAGGGGGCCAGAGACAAUUACUCAAUGCCGACAAAUCUUUCAAUCUGAUUUACACGCUGAAGCUAUGUUGCGCUCUGACUGUUUCAUCCUAACAUCAUUGGUGCCGACGUGGAUAACAAUAUCCCUAUACCAAAGAUGUUGUCAUCUAUCUGUGCCAAUACUCUCUACACUCGCCAGUUUUAGCCUUUGCCAGCACCAUCUUCAGAUUAGCCUUAACAUCGGUAGCCCUGCCCCCUGGUAAACAGUGUAUGAUCGCUGGAUGAUUUGACUUAAGUCUAAUACUGCGGGUAAUGGAGUCACUAAUGACUAGCGUUUUACAUUUUUCAGAGCUAAUGGUGGGAGGCUUCGGUGUCUCAGACCCUGUAACGGGAGGAGGAGAGACCAGAGAAGGUCUCCGAUCUGUUGCUCAAUGGGGAGUACCGGUUGUGAAAGUUUCUGUUGGCUGAAUGAGCUACACCGGUUGAGCAUUCCUACAGCAUUUCCUUCCAGAAGCCAUGAGAAAAUUGUCCGGACUGAUGUGGACGUGUAUCACGGACUUCUUCACCUACGAGACCACCAAGUCGGUGGUGGUGAAGAGCUGGACCAUCGGGAUCAUCAACCGCGUCGUACAGCUCCUCAUCAUCACCUACUUCAUCGGGUGGGUGUUUGUGCAUGAGAAGGCGUACCAGAUCAGAGACACGGCUAUAGAGUCGUCGGUCAUGACCAAAGUCAAAGGCUUUGGACUGUACAACAACCGAGUCAUGGACGUAGCUGAGUACGUCACCCCCUCUCAGGGGGCCUCUGUGUUCUGCAUCAUCACCAAACUCAUCACCACAGAGAACCAGGUGCAGGGAUACUGUCCCGAAAGUGAGAUGAAAUACAAGUGUACGCACGACAACAACUGCACUAAGUUCCUCAACAAGCCUGGGGGAAAUGGUCUUCCAACGGGCAGGUGUGUACGUUUCAACGACACCCUUAAUACCUGUGAGAUCAGAGGCUGGUGCCAGGCGGAGAUCGACUACAUCAAGACGCAUCCUAUGAUGGAGGUGGAGAACUUCACCAUCUUCAUCAAGAACAGCAUUCGUUUCCCCCUCUUCAACUUCACCAAGGGUAACUUCCUGCCAACCAUCACCCCUCAGUACAUCAAGGCGUGUAACUUUGACCAUGAGAACAACACCUACUGCCCCAUCUUCAGGGUGGGGGACGUCAUCCGCUAUGCACACCAGAACUUCACCACUCUGGCACAGAAGGGAGGGGUAAUAGGUAUAAAGAUCGGCUGGAUGUGUGACCUGGACCAGUCAGAGGAUGAGUGUAACCCCUCCUACUCCUUCACCCGGCUGGACGCCAUGUCAGAGAAGAACAGCGUCUCCCCCGGGUACAACUUCAGGUAUGCUAAGUACUACAAGAUGGACAACGGGACAGAUUACCGUACUCUGCUCAAGGCCUAUGCCAUCAGGUUUGAUGUGCUGGUCAAUGGAAAUGCAGGGAAGUUUAACAUGAUCCCGACUCUGAUCAACAUGGUAGCUGCAUUUACGUCAGUUGGAGUGGGCACUGUGCUUUGUGACAUCAUACUCUUGAACUUCCUGAAGGGAGCAGAGCAAUACAAGGCCAAGAAGUUUGAGGAGGUGUCACACACGCAGGUCGAGAACUCCUUAUCCAGCAAUGGGCUGUAUCGGAGUAGGGAGUUCAUUGGAGUAGAGAAGCAGUCAAACGACUCAGGGGCCUUUUCCAUUGGGCAAUACGGCUAACGGACAGCCAAUGGAAUGGAG